CAGGAAGUGAAUUGCGGUCGCUGCAGUGACUCUGUUGCGGUGCAACCCACGUUCCUUGCGAGACUCCAGGGCCUCGGCUGCUGCCGCUGAGGACCCCAGAGCCCUGGCUGCAGGCGUGGGAGGAACAUUCCCGCUGCUCCCCGAGAGACUCUCCCAGUGCAGAGACCCCAGCCUGUCCCGCUCCCCCUUACUGGGACCCAGAGCCCUGCUCCCAGGCAGAGCCCCACGUGGAGAGAAGGCUGCAGAACAACGACCCUAUUUUGCUCCAGAUCAUCCCUACUUCCUAGGGGCCGAGGAAGGGAAAUGGCUGUGGUGGAUCCAGCUCAGAUGCCAGUGACCUUUGAGGAGGUGGCUGUGUAUUUCACCGAGAGGCAGGGGGCUCUGCUGGACCCUGAUCAGAGAGCACUCUACAAGGACGUCAUGCAGGCGAAUUAUGAGAUUGUGACUUCGCUGGGACUCCCCAUUCCCAAACCUGACUUGAUCACCCGGCUGGAAGCAGGGGAAGAGCCGUGGGUCCCAGAUCACCCAGCCUCCGAGGAAAGGAAGUUCUCAAGAGGCACCCGCACAGCAGGUGAUGAGACAAUGAAUGAGAACGAGGAUGGGAAUCCACUGCAGGAAUGUCCUGAACAAGUGGAACUGCAGGGGACCUUAUUGAAACAAGGUGAAGGGAAUUUUUCCCAGUGCUUGGAACAGAGAAAAGCCUGGAGUAAUUGGCACAGGUUAGAGAGGAAGCUGGGAAACUGCCAAAGGAAUAAAGUGUAUGAAUCUAUUGGAUAUGGGGGAGGAGGCAAGGAUCCCGAAGAAACCACAGUUCAGUGGACAAAUGAGAACGAAAAGAACCCCUAUAAAUGCUUGGACUGUGGGAAAAGCUUCAGUCAUCGCUCAAAUCUGACUAGACAUGGGAGAAUCCACACUGGAGAGAGACUUUAUAAAUGCUUAGACUGCGGGAAAAGCUUCAGUCGGAGCUCAAACCUUAUUAGCCAUAGGAUAAUCCACACUGGAGAAAAACCCUAUAAAUGCUUGGACUGUGGGAAAAGCUUCAGUCAGCGCUCAGGCCUUAUUAACCAUGGCAGAAUCCACACUGGAGAGAACCCCUAUAAAUGCUUGGACUGUGGGAAAAGCUUCAGUCAUCGCUCAAAUCUUAUUAGACAUGGGAGAAUCCACAUGGGAGAGAGACUUUAUAAAUGCUUGGACUGUGGGAAAAGCUUCAGUCGGAGCGCAAAUCUUAUUAGCCAUAGGAUAAUCCACACUGGAGAGAAACCCUAUAAAUGCUUGGACUGUGGGAAGAGCUUCAGUCGGAGCUCAAAUCUUAUUAGCCAUAGGAUAAUCCACACUGGAGAGAAACCCUUUAAAUGCUUGGACUGUGGGAAGAGCUUCAGUCAGCGCUCAGGCCUCAUUAGCCAUGGCAGAAUCCACAUGGGAGAGAACCCCUAUAAAUGCUUAGACUGUGGGAAAAACUUUAGUCGAAGCUCAAAUCUUAUUAGCCAUAAAAUAAUCCACACUGGAGAGAAACCCUAUAAAUGCUUGGACUGUGGGAAGAGCUUCAGUCAGCGUUCAGGCCUUAUUAACCAUGGCAGAAUCCACACGAGCAAGAACUCCUAUAAAUGCGACUGUGGGAAGAGCUUCAGUCAGUGCUCAGGCCUUAUUAGCCAUGAGAGAACCCACACAGGAGAGAGACCCUAUAAAUGCUUGGACUGUUGGAAAAGCUUCAGUCGGAGCUCAAAUCUUACUGCUCAUAGGAGACUGCACACGGGAGAGAGACCCUAUAAGUGUUUGGACUGUGGGAAAAGCUUCAGUCGGAGGGCACAUCUUAUUAGACACGGGAGACUCCACACUGGUGAGAAACCCUAUAAAUCCGUGAUUCUCAAACUUUAACAACCCGAGGACCCCCCUUUUGAUUUAAAAAUUUUCAUGGACCCCUCCUCCCCCCAAGCCCACCACUCAGCCACAGGCCCCGUCCCCACUCCACCCCUUCUUCCAAGCC